AUGAGCAACCAGUACCAAGACGAGGGCUGCUCCGAGAGGCCCGAGUGCAAAAGUAAAUCGCCAACUUUGCUCUCCUCCUACUGCAUCGACAGCAUCCUGGGCCGGAGGAGCCCGUGCAAGAUGCGGCUGCUGGGGGCCGCGCAGAGCUUGCCUGCCCCGCUGGCCAGCCGCGCCGACCAGGAGAAGGCCGUGCAAGGUAAGGCUGAAGAGGGGACAACCCUGAGGCCUGGUGCUUCCAAGAGCGAUAAUCAUCUCUCCAGAGGCCGUCUCUCCCUCUGUGCUUCCAAGCAGCAGAGGCCCGGCUUCGCUUCCGGGGCCCUUGGGUUCUCAGGGUUGGUCGUAGAUCGUUCAAAUGCCCCCUUUGGUGGCCUUGGGUGUAGUCUGACGAGGGGCGACAGGAGCUCCAGGCCCCUCCCGCUGCGGGCUGGUUGGGGCGAGGCCGGCGCUCAGGGCCACAGGGCCGCUUUUCCCCGCAGGGGUCGCCCGCGGGGCAGCGCCCCUCUAGCCAACCCGGGCCCAGCGGCGGAGCAGCGCGCAGAGGACGACGAGGAGGAGCUGCUGGAGGACGACGCGCGCGCGCUGCUCAAGGAGCCCCGGCGCUGCGCUGUGGCCGCCACUGGUGCGGUGGCCGCCGCUGCCGCCGCCGCUGCCGUGGCCGCCGAGGGCGGGGAGCUGUCCCCCAAGGAGGAGUUGCUGCUGCACCCGGAGGACGCCGAGGGCAAGGACGGCGAGGACAGCGUGUGCCUGUCUGCGGGCAGCGACUCAGAGGAGGGGCUGCUGAAGCGCAAACAGCGGCGCUACCGCACCACGUUCACCAGCUACCAGCUGGAGGAACUGGAGCGGGCCUUCCAGAAGACGCACUACCCGGACGUCUUCACCAGGGAGGAACUGGCCAUGAGGCUGGACUUGACUGAGGCCCGAGUCCAGGUCUGGUUCCAGAACCGUCGGGCCAAGUGGCGCAAGCGGGAGAAGGCGGGCGCGCAGACCCACCCCCCGGGGCUGCCCUUCCCCGGGCCGCUCUCGGCCACCCAUCCGCUCAGCCCCUACUUGGACGCCACUCCGUUCCCCCCGCACCAUCCCGCGCUCGACUCGGCCUGGACGGCCGCCGCUGCCGCCGCCGCCGCCGCCUUCCCGAGCCUACCUCCACCCCCCGGCUCGGCCAGCCUGCCCCCCAGCGGGGCGCCGCUGGGCCUGAGCACUUUCCUCGGAGCCGCCGUGUUCCGGCACCCGGCCUUCAUCAGCCCCGCGUUCGGCAGGCUCUUUUCCACCAUGGCCCCCCUGACCAGCGCGUCGACCGCGGCCGCGCUCCUGAGACAGCCCGCGCCGGCUGUGGAAGGCGCAGUGGCGUCGGGCGCGCUGGCCGACCCGGCCACUGCGGCCGCAGACAGACGCGCCUCCAGCAUAGCCGCGCUGCGGCUCAAGGCCAAGGAGCACGCCGCGCAGCUCACGCAGCUCAACAUCCUGCCGGGCACCAGCACGGGCAAGGAGGUGUGCUAA